AUGCCGGCAGUGAAGAGGGCUGCUGAGGGGCCAGAACCACCGGCGAAGAAGCGAGCUCAGUUUCCGAAAAAUCGAGAUGAUUGGGUAUGGUGGCAUUCUUCUGUACCCGAAUUACUCAAGAAAGAACAUGAAGAAGGGAGACAUCUGAUAGUCAUUUCGAAUCAAGGUGAUCCGAGGGAGAAGAUAAAAUCGGAAUGGAGAGCUAAACUCUCCUUGAUAGCCGCGAAGUUACCAAAGGAAAUACCAAUACGUAUAUUGGCAGCAUUAUCAAAGUCAGACGUAUAUCGAAAACCUAAUAUAGGAAUGUAUGAGGUAGUAGAAAAGAUAUAUAGAGAUAGAGGAUUAGUGAUAGAUCUCGAGAAUUCAAUAUUUGUAGGUGAUGCUGCUGGUAGAGCUGCCAAAGGGUCGCAAGGGAAAGAUCAUGGUGAUACGGAUCACAAAUUCGCUUUGAAUGCUGGAUUGAAGUUUGUGACUCCUGAGGAACACUUCCUUAAACAUCCUCGUCCACAUUUUCCCGAACCUCCCAAUGGCUUCAGACCUGCGAAACUUGGUAAUCUUGCAUCUCUUCCUCACAUCGUCCCAUCGCAUACUCCAAUCACUCGUCCGACGUUAGAAAUCGUCUUAUUCGUCGGACCACCCGCUUCUGGCAAAUCAUCUUUCUUCCGUAAACAUUUCGCUCCGGAAGGCUACGAGCAUAUCAAUCAAGAUUUGUUAGGUACGAGAGAUAGAUGUUUGAGGGUCGCCGAACAGUUUUUGACUGCGGGGAAAAAGGUUGUGAUAGAUAAUACGAAUCGUAACAGGGAGACCAGAGCUCAUUGGAUAAGGUUGGCUAUGAAGUUGAAAAUACCUAUAAGGUUAUUCCACUUCUUAUGUCCGUUGGAACUUGCCAAGCACAACAACGUAUACAGAGCAUGUUAUGGUCCACCUGACGAACCUACUCGCACGCUCUUACCUACUUUGGCGUUUAAUAGUUACGCAGGAGCUUUUGAGAAACCCUCGAUAGAUGAAGGGUUCAAUGAAAUCAGAGGAGUCAACUUCCAUUUUGAAGGUUCGGAACAACAAAGAAGGAAAUGGGACAUGUAUAUGUUAGAACCUAAAAGAUAA